GGAAGCUACGUCCGACUCCAGACUGGACGAUGCCGUGAUGCGGUACAAUGGCCUGCCUGUCUGAUCACCACUAUCAUCCGUCUCUAUGCUUGAUGGCUUAAUUAGGUGGCUUCGGAGGCCUAAUGUGAGCUCAGAACCUACCUAUGGACCUUCUGUAUCCACAUCACAGUCUGUUUUUUCACGCCGUCUCACCUUUCAUCUGCAAGACCUCCCCGCAACGUUCUGUGCAACACUCGUGUCUUGACUGACCGAUACCGUGCUGUUGCGAUCUGGCGCUUGCGUUGGCUAUUCUGAUACCGUGGCACGCUUUGCCAUCAAUAUGACCAGUCUACUCAGCCUGUGCGAUGAGCUGCUGCACGAGGUCUUCACCUUCGUCAACUUUCCAGAUCUGUUUCGUCUCGCUGCUACAUGCAGAACAUUCAAGGCUUACAUAAAGGGAAAUAAGCUUCUAUGGAAAGACAUGUACUUGCAAAACUUCGAUGAACCUCCGGCUUGGACUGAAGUGGAUUGGGAGCUACGGCUGAAAGAUAUCACGCAUCUUCAGAAUAUCCUGAUGAGUGAAAAUGAAGACGUAAAGAGACGAAAUCUCCGGCUUGUUGUCCAGUCUAUCGUUGAUUUGCUCCACCACGCGAACAAGAUCCAGGCGCAGUCGCGAAACAUAAGGUUCCUCCAGGAACAGUUCGAAAAUCCUCUCAAUCGAAACGUAUUCCUCUCCUCGUCAGGACUUUAUGGUUAUGCCGCCGAUGGCACGAAGAGAGCUGGCACGGAAGAGCAGCGUGCGGCUCCGACUGCCGCGGAAAGACAGCUGAGCGCCAAAUUGCACGCAUACUUUGGGACGAGCUAUGAGAUAUUCGGUAGAACACGCUCCACCGCUGCGCAUCCAUACGCGAGAUCCAAAGUGUAUGACCUGCGAAACUACAACAAUCGCAACUCAUGGGGCCCGUACUUGGAUGAUCUAUCGUUCAGGCCGGACUGGGAAAAGAUUGAAUCCAUCAUGAUCGAUCUUGGCUUCAACAUGCGAAACUUCAUCGAUAGCCUGGACCACGGCAAAGGUGGUGAUGGCGACAUGUACGGAACUCCAUUCUUUGGAAUCACGCCCCAGAGCUAUGUGCCAAUCCAGGAGUUUGUAUGCCCAGGAGUCAAGGCACUCGUAGAAUCCGGCUCGUGGAAAGCGCGAAACAGGCAGGUCAAAGUUAUGACGCAACAGCCUAGUAUUCCGCUUGAAGCCCGAGAUCCGUAUGGCGUUUCUGGCACUUGGAGAAGAAUUGUAUGUUUCCUCGACUAUAACGAUCUUUACGCCUUUAACUUUUUGAGUCCCGAUCCAACGCCUGGCGAGAUGCGAGAGCCCAUAACCACGCAAGAGGCUAUCAGAUUGAUCACAAUGAAGAUCAAAGUCAAUAAGAUCAGCGAUCCGGGUGAAGGCGAUAGGAAGGAUAUGCCCGUCGUGCACUUCACCGGCAUGAGCAGGUCCAUGCAUGCUAGUUGGGACCCAAAUGCGAAUUCCAAGAUCACAGGCUCGGUGCGAAUGACGCAAAAUGGUGACGUGCGUUGGGUUACACUGAGCAUCUUCCAUGGCGAAACGAGAUGGAGAUCCGAAUGUAUCCAGCUCGGAGGUAUCAGAAGCGCGCGUGGAGUCAUUGGAACGUGGUUUGACAAGAACUAUGAUCCGAAUGGGCCGGCUGGUCCAACCGCAUUCUGGAAGGUCUGCGAAGAAGAUCAGGGUCAUGUCUGGGAAGAUGAAAUAGACAGUGUCGAGGGCUGAGAUGUUCAAAUACUUAUAAGCUUCACGUACUGAACACGGUGGAAAAUUAUAUCUCUUCGCAUACUAUUUUCGGACCUGGCACAUCAUAAAGACUUCUAGAUUCUAUGAAUUUGCUGGCUUUUUUUUCACGUGGAUGAACCUACUUGAUGAGAUGAUGACGCAAAUGCUUAAGUUAUGUUGAUCACGCUUAGAGAGUUCGUCGCAUCACAGUAAUUAUAAUCGAUCCUCUUCAGUUCUUGCAUUUGUCUAGAAAGUCAUGCGAGAGGAACAUGGUCUGUUGAACA